AGUUGCUGUCCAAAUUCGAAACUGUAAACUCGUUAUCUCUGCUUUCAGCAAAAGAACGCUUCCAGUGUCUACUCAAAGACGGAAGCGUGAUUCAAAGUUUCAAUUUCAAACAUUAAUGAAACUAAUUGACAUGCCAUUUUUCCCUUACCCAAAUGCCUCUCCAACCAACCACCCCUUUUUUCUCUUUCCUAUAAAAACAACGUUCCGUGGAGGCACACACACACACACACGAGGCGUGUGCACACAGAAAAAAAAAAAGGUCUCGUUUUUAUGCCCAACACGCUGCGCAGUUUGCCCUGUUGCGUUGAGCCUCCAAAAGGGUCGUUGAGAAAAUGGCUCAGUGGCAGGGUGAUGCUGACGAGGGCAUCGACUACAUUUUCAAGAUUGUCACGAUUGGGGACUCGGGGGUUGGAAAAUCUCAGCUUUUGAAUCGCUUUGUGAAAAACGAAUUCCACAUGAAAUCCAAACCCACAAUUGGAGUUGAGUUUCUGACUAGGACGGUCGUCAUGGAUCAUAAACUAGUCAAGGCACAGAUUUGGGACACUGCUGGUCAAGAAAGGUACCAAGCAAUUACAACUGCGUAUUACCGGGGUGCAACUGGUGCGUUACUAGCAUACGACAUAACCAAUCAGCAAACCUUUGACCAUGUUGAAAAGUGGUUGGAUGAGCUCCGGAUACAUGCGGAUAAAAAUAUACUUGUCAUGCUUGUUGGCAACAAAUCUGACCUGAGUUCUAUUCGAGCAGUGCCUAUUGAGGUAGCCAGAGACUUUGCAAAGCAGGAAGGUCUCUUCUUUCUGGAGACAUCGGCACUUGACUCCACCAAUGUGGAAUCAGCUUUCCUUGGUCUCCUCUCUCAAGUAUACAGAACUGUCAGUAGGAAGCACAUCCCUGUGGAUGGACCUGAAUCAAAUUGGGAUAAAGUAAACCUUGAACUUGAUGGAACAAAAAUUAGUGUCCCAUUGCAAGAACCUGAAUGCCAGAAUGCUAAUAGGAGAUUCAAUUGUUGCAGUAUUAUUUAGAAUUUGUUUUCACCUAGGGCCACCUUUGUCUUGGGUAAGGACUAUUUACCUCCCUCCCCCAUGCUAUUAUGAGUUUUAUAUAUACUUUGCCAUUUAUUUUUUCUUUUUACUGUAUUUUACCCUCCAAGAGAUAGUUGUUAGGCAUAGUUUUGCAAACUCAAGAAGGAUAUGAUGAAUUUGAGUAGUCUGUUCAAUGUAUCUAGAUGUGACUCCUUUGCCAUGACUAUUACACAAAGCAGCAUCCCAAGGAUGCAAAUAGGACAUCAUUCUUAGUUAUAUGUUAGGAGUCUACAUUGAGUAGAAUAUGAAGCUUAAUAUGGUACUUAAGCCUUGAGGCUCUCCUACCAAAUGGACUAGUUUUUUGAGUCGGA